AUGGCAUCGACCUCCAACCAUCCCGCACCCGUUGAUCUGCCAUCAUCGCAGCUGCAACCCCCACCACCAGCGCAAAAACAACCAAUCUCCUACUCCUCCGAAUCUUCCUCCAACGUCCUCGCCUCGGACUCCCCCUCGCCCUCCCAAUAUUCCUCCUUUUCCAGCUCCGACAGCGAUGGCGACGACCACAUCCCCGGCGCGACGGAGGUCGUCGACGAAGAUGAUGCCGAUGACGUUGUCGGCGUGAGCAUCGGUCGCUUCCAAAGCCGCAUGAAAGCCCGUGCCACGCCCGCUGAGGAGAAAUCGCGCGUUCUGGAACGACAAGGGGGAUAUUUCACCACCGUACCGGACAAUGUCGGCGAGGACGGCCUCUUCACAUCUGAACUCACCGCCGAACCCGAGUCCGUAGACACCGAGCUCAGCAACGAGAGCGACAAGUCCGAGCGCCAAUGGAAGAACCAGCGGGCGACCGCGAGAAAGCCUGCCACGCUUCCUCCCGCCUCUUCCGUUACAGUGGACCAUCGUGCGCCGCGUGGCCCCCACAAGGAGCUCUCCGCCCCUGCGCCCAGGUCCGAGUCCAAGGAUAAUGCUUCGAAUCAGCGCUCGAGUUUCACCCGGUCGUUACUGAAGACCUCCUUACCGCGGAGGCCGCGUGCCUGGUCCGGAGAAUUGAAGAAGUUCCUGCCGGACCUGGGAUCCCUGACGAAACGGCCUUCAUUAUCGUUUCGCUCCAACAAUGGCCCUCGAGCUCGGAGCCAGACGGUGGCUGCUGCCGCAAAACGAAGUUCGGAGAUCGGUUCAACAACACGCUCUCUGAAUCGACACUCGCCAUUGCCAUCGCCAUCGCGGACGCUGAAUGGCAACGCGAAUUCAUAUGUUACUGCCAACGCCAACGCCAAUGAGGAGGAUGAGGGAGAUGAUGCGCGGCCACUAUCCGAGCUACGAUCGCUCGAUGGCGCAUCAGCUGUGAAGCAUUCUUUUACGCGGCGACCGAGCGCAACGCCAAAACGGCCCCCGAGUCUGCGGAGAUCUUCUUCGGAUCAAUCGUUAUACCUGCGCGCUUCAUCCACCGCGUCUUCUCUAGAACAACGACCCCUCUACGAAAAUGUACAUUCGCAGGUUAACAGCCGGUUUAAGGCCAUCAAGGAUAGUCUACAGGAUUCGAGCAGUCGUUUGUUGAGCAUGCCCUCAUUGCAUCUGCAAGAUAUUCGUUAUGAUUGGGGAUCGCGCCCAUCCUUCUUCAACGAGAAUGAGGAAUCAACAAUGGCCCAUCAUUUCAUACAGCACCGCCACCCCCACUGCCUAAAAAUAACCCCCAAUCGACACACACCAAUCUUGGAAGAAGCCAUGUCUGAAUUGACCGGCGAUGUGGUGAUUCUGGGAGGCUACCGCGGCUCGAUCCUGCGCUCUGCGAAGCCACCACACCGGCAAUUAUGGGUACCGAUGAAGGUGGGCCUGAAUCUGCGUAAAGUCGAUCUGGAAGUUGGCUUGACUCGCGAGGAUGAGGAACGUAUGGAAGAAUCAAUUAUUCCAUCCGGUGUACUAUCCCACGUCGGACCCGUGGACGUCUGUCGCCGCUUAAUGAAGCGAUUGCGCAAAUGCGAUAACUGCGUGCGUGGAGACCUUCGAGUCUGGGACUAUGGGUACGAUUGGCGAUUGAGCCCCGAGCUGCUCUCCGCGAGACUAAUUGCCUUCCUGGAACGUCUGCCCUGCAACCGGCCUUCCUUGGAUGGAUCCUUGAAGACCAAGCGUGGGGCUACAGUUAUUGCGCACAGUCUGGGCGGCCUCAUCACCCGGCACGCGGUGAAUCAACGACCCGAUCUCUUCGCCGGUGUCGUAUACGCAGGCGUACCACAACACUGCGUUAAUAUCCUCGGUCCACUUCGCAACGGCGACGACGUCCUCCUCAGUUCGCGAGUCCUGACUGCACAAGUCAACUUCACUUUCCGCACCAGCUUCGCCCUCCUCCCCGAAGACGGCCACUGCUUCAUCGACAAGCAAUCAAAAGAAGAAUUCCGCGUUGACUUCUUCGACUCAAAAAAUUGGGAAGAAUACCGUCUAUCACCUUGCAUGGGUCCAGCCCUCCAACCGCCCACUGGAGGAAGUGGACUCUCUCCAGACCUCCAAGAUAUAAACGACCCUAACAACAACACUACCAGUACCGAAGAAGACCGCGACCCCCACACUUUCAACCCGGGCCACACCCGUCCCCACAGCAUCCCCAACCUAACCGACACAGCACAAGACAAAGCCUCCGACGCCCUCCUCCAACCACCCCUAGAAGGAAUCGGCGGCCCCGCCGCACCACGCAGCAGCACAAGCACAAGCAAAAUCUCAACAACAGUAACAAUCCCCCACGCCACCGCAGAAGAAUAUCUCCAACGCACCCUCCGCGAAGUAAAACGCUUCAAAUCAGAACUCGAAUUCCGCCCCGCCCACCAAGCAGACAACAAAUACCCACCCGCAGCCGUAAUUUACGGAAAAUCCGUGCCAACCGUCUACGGUGCACGCGUUACGUCGCGUGAAGCGAUUAAGCAACAGGAUUGCUAUGAUGAUCUUGCUUUUGCGGCUGGGGACGGCGUUUGUCUUGCUUCAGCGGCGAUGUUGCCGCCGGGUUAUCGGAUUAUUAAGAAUGGGCUUGUUAAGAGUGAUCGCGGUCAUGUGGGACUUUUGGGCGAUCUUGAGGGGGUGGGAGAGUGUUUGAGGGCUAUUAUUAGGGGGAGGAGGGAGGGGGUUGGGAUGGGGAGUGCGAGUGCUUCGACUGUGGCUGCUUAG